AUGGCACAGAGAUCUUCUGCUUCAUCUUUAGCUUACUGGGAAGAGUUCUAUGCCGAUCGCCCCAAGAGCUAUGAUACCCUCUAUGGAUAUGAGGACUUACGCCCUCUCCUCAUGGGUUUACUGCAGCUCCCACGAGCCCAGCGAGAAGCCUGUCGGGUGCUCCAUGUAGGCUGUGGCACCAGCAAUGUCACAGAGGGUCUUUGGCGCGAUGGCUUUCGUCAAAUUCUCAACAUUGACUUCAGCGAGGAAGUCGUGAAGCUCAUGGCCGGGCGCUGGGACGAGCGAGCGGCGGGCAACUCGGCAGGUGUUGCCUGGCAAAAGAUGGACCUGACGGAUCUGUCAGAGCUAUGUUCAGGGACCUUUGACUUGGUCCUGGAGAAGUUCACGCUGGAUGCCAUCCUUUGUGAGUCCAAGGAGGAACUGGUGGAUCCGAAAGGCCAGGCGGUGCUGCGGGGCCUUCAUCGAGUACUGGCGCCUGCUGGGCGUUUCAUUUCAGUGGCUUGGGGCGCUGACAGGCGGCAAGCGCUCCUCCGCAGUGGCGGGCUCUUCGAGGUUCAGGUACACCAACUGCCUGGAGAAGCUGUGCAACGGCCCUGGGUUUAUUUCUGCAGGAAGUUGGCGCCGAUCCCGCGGAGGAUGCCGCGCUUGCCUGACACCAUGGUGCAGUGCAUAGAGGAAGAUGAAGGUCUCCAACUGGUCAUUGAGCUGGGAGACGUCUGCAGAUCCUCCGUGCAACUGGACCUCGCCAGUCACGAGCUGCACUUGAGCACGCCGAGCUUGGGACAGAGGAGUGCCAGCUGGCGAGCUUGGCAUAUCCGGCUGGGUGGUGCCUCAGCUCCCAAGGACAUGGCAUCGGGUGCAAAGGAACUGCUAGGUGAUGAGAAGGUUUCUGUGGAGGAGGCACUCAAAGACAAGAAGGACAAGGGCUUGGAAGUGAUCUUCGUGUCCUCGGACCGCGACGAUGCGAGCUGGAAGGAGUACUGCGGAGAGAUGUUCGGGGCGCCAAGUCCUGCGACCGAACGUGGCAGCGAGAGCGCUACGUUGAGCGGACCAGUCUGCUGGUCUGAGAUGGGCGCGGAAGAAUCUCUGGCGCCCCUUAUCUCAGAGAUGAUGAUUAUCCUGGACCCCACAGACGGCAGCAUCAUCACAGAAGAUGGUCGAUCUGCAGUGAUGAAGGAUCCCACAGGCGAGAAGUUUCCAUGGAAGCCACCCACCUUCAAGGAAGUGAUGGGCAAAGGCGAGUUCUUGAAGGGCGAAGGAACCGUAGGUCCGGAAGCCAUUGCAGGGAAGCAUUUGGGCCUUUACUUCUCGGCUCAUUGGUGCCCCCCCUGCCGGGCCUUUACGCCUCAGCUGGCCAAGUGGUAUGCCGGAGUCAAGAAAGAGCUGGGAGACAAGUUUGAGAUCGUCUUCUGCAGUGGAGAUCGUGAUGAUGAAAGUCUCAAGGAGUAUUACAAGCACAUGAAAGACGAGGGCGGAGACUGGUGUGCACUCCCCUUCGAUCGAAAAGAUGAUCUCGACGGGAUCUACAAGAUCGAAGGCAUCCCAACCUUCCUGAUUGUGGAUCAGGAAGGCAACAUCGUGACGAAAGCGGGGAGGUCCCUGGUGGGCCGAAAUGCGCCGGCCAGCGAGUUCCCUUGGGCGCCACCAGUCAUCCAAGAGUUGGACAAUCCUGAUGAGCAGGGCAUCAAUGAUAAGCCCACUCUUUGCCUCAUGCUCGAGAGUGUUCCCAUUGCCAAUCAGUCCGACAUCCUUGCCAAGGUCACCCCCAUCGCAGAGAAGUGGGCGAAGACCGGGGCCAUCCAGUUCCUGGUGGCCAGACAGCCCUCUUCGGCCUCGGCCACGAUCCGGGCGGUGUGCGGCUUGGAGUCCGUCGAGACAGUGUCCAAGACCGACCGGAGCGAAGUCUCCAGCGCUCGAGGAGCACCAAAGGCGGUUCGAACCUUGUCUGUGGACACGCCCUGGAUCAUUUUGCUGGACUGCCCUGAUGGAGGCGGAUAUUACACCGGCAAGAUGGCCAAGGAGAUGGACGGAAGUGGCGUGGAGGCAAUGCUGGAGGGUUGGAAGGGAAAGACCCUUGAGCGGAAGCAGCUGAAAUGA